GUGGCAAACAGCGCAGUAUAUAAUUCCACCGAAAAUAAAUAGAGAUGGGAAUAAAAGCGACUGCGAUUGGGCGGUGGGCGGUCCGGGGCGUACGUCUGAAGCGGCGACGGGCGCUGACGACAGAAACGCUCGCUUAGCGCCAAAGGCUGCGCGCGCGCACUUGAUUUAGCGCUCAGAAAACUGAUUUAUCGUGUCGCGUUGAAAAAAUAAUCGGUCACCGGUGAGGAAAUGUGAUGGAGGGACAAGAGUGGCGGGGCGAGUGGCAGCAGCCGAGGCAAAACGACGGUGUGUCGGCAAGUCAGUGCCCGCGGAGUAGCAGCGGAUUCAUUUUGUCACAAUCGUUGGUGGAGAGGCUCGGACGAGAUCACGAACAGCCGGGUCUACCUACCCUGCAUCAUCCCAUCAGAGAUAAUUCGACAUGCGAACGCAGUGCGUAUUCGCCGCUUCAGGCACUCAGCGAGAGUACUUGCCGGGACCACGGCGCGCAGCCGGCGCCUCCACCGCAACCGACCUUACCGCGAGUUCAAAGUUCGUCGCAAAAUGUGACGCUUCACCCGGCGGUGUCGCGAUGCACGGCGACCCUCGAGCUGGCGGCUCUCUGGCGCAGCUUCCACGAGCUGGGCACAGAGAUGAUAGUCACGAAGGCCGGGAGGCGGAUGUUCCCAGCGCUGCAGGCCAGGCUGGGGGGGUUACUGCCCAACGCCCAGUACCUACUGCUGGUCGACUUCGUGCCGCUGGAUGAUAAACGAUAUCGUUACGCUUUCCACAGCUCCAGCUGGGUGGUGGCGGGUAAAGCUGACCCGAUAUCUCCGCCCAGGUUCCACCUGCACCCGGACUCGCCGGCCCCAGGCUCGCAUUGGAUGCGCCAGCUCGUCUCCUUCGACAAACUCAAGCUCACCAACAACCAGCUCGACGACAACGGACAUAUUAUCCUGAACUCUAUGCACCGCUACCAGCCGCGUUUGCACGUGGUGUACCUCCCCGGCGAAGGCCAGGCCGCUACUCCGGGCACGGUGCCCUACAGGACGUUCGUGUUCCCGGAGACCGGCUUCACGGCGGUCACGGCCUACCAGAACCACAGGAUAACCCAGCUCAAGAUAGCCAGCAAUCCGUUCGCAAAAGGUUUUAGAGAUUGCGACCCCGACGACUGUCCACCCGAGCAGAGUCAGCAACGUGGGAGCACUCCCCGGCGCCGCGAGUCAGCGCCGGAGCCGUGCUCACAGCUGGCCCAGCCCUACGGCGGCGAGCCCAGUACCUGCGGCCCUCUCUACGCCGCACACACUCACCCCAUGCGAUAUCAACCACAUUCGAGCCACAACAGCGCGUACAGUGCUUACUACGCUCAUAGGUAGCUCGCUGCAGGAACGUGUCUGUGAUGUAAAGACAACAUCCGGGUCCACAGCUCGCGGCGACGAACUACGUGUCUUCCGAAAGGGCCGGCUUGCAAACGCAUGGCACUGUCCGUAGACCCUCAACGUUGUCCGGUACGUAACUCAUCGCCGCGAGCUGUAGUUGGAUGUAUAGUUUGUAAUGAUGAACGCAACGAAGAUCUUGUUCAGUAGGACUUAGAUAAUGAAAGGAUCGAUGCAAGUAAUGGUGGCGGAUGUUUAACACAAUUUUAACACAAAUGUCUUCACGACAUUAGUUCAAACAGGAUCAGACCUGAUAAUAUUUGCGAUUUCCAUAUCGUUCCAAGGAGUGCAGUAUCCGUGCUGUAGUCUAUGGACUCCUUCCAUCAUAACCGUAGUAUGUUUGGAAGUUAAAUGAAUAAAACUUCAAAUCAAACUUUCGUGUAUUCACCCUCAGCAUUUUCAGUAUUUGUACCGAUUUUAGCUCAAAUUCAAAGCGCUUCAGAACGAUUGUUCCCAAAGUCUUCGAAUGUUUAACUCAACAGAAAAUUAGCUUAAAAUCGAUAACAAAAUUGCAAACGAGCCUAAGUGAAUCGAGUAUGAAUGUCAUAUGUUUGACCAUUUCUUGCAUCAAUUAUUGUACGUAGUUAAGGCACUGGAUGUCGUUAUAAUGGUAAUGUCGAAACAAAAUAACGAAUAGUAAGUAUAUUAAGAUAUAUCGUUGAGUAAUAUAUAUAUAUUUACAUAAUAUAAUGAAAAACCAGUUUCACAAGAUCUGUGUAAUAUAGUGAUUAUAAUUUUAAAUAAACAACUACUGAAAUUUUUAUAAGAGAUUUUAUAACAAAUCUGUCACAGGAGAAUAAUGAAAUCUAUAGUUUUGUAUUAGGUAGAAUGUAUUUUGAAAUGGUUGUUACCAUUAAAAUAAAUAUUACCAAAUGAUAUAACCAAAGGAUAAUUUAGUUAUAUGUAAACUUUAGAUAAUAGUUACGUUUGGAUAUUUAUUAAAGAAAAAAUUCAUUAAGUAAACGAAA